ACACAAGCAAACAGUACAACAGUACACUUUGCCUCGCAAGUGUCUCGGGUAAACGGUGACUUAACUGCAAUAGUCAAUUAACAGUAGUAAACAAUUACGACGGUAGCUCAUCCAGGCUUGAUUGGCGGGACAGGCUUCUCGGCCCUGACAGCGCGGAGUGGCAACGAGGCGCGUCAGUCGCCGCUGCGGCGCUGGGAGGGAGGGGAGCGGGAGGCUAUAAUACAGAGCCGACCUCGGAGUACCGGCAGUGGCCGCGAUGAAGCGCUGGUGUGCGUGUGUGCUGGUGGCGCUGAGCGCGGCAGCGGCGGCGGCGGGAAGCAGCGACACGGACGGCCCGCUGGUCACCACACGCCAGGGAGUGCUGAGAGGCAGGGUGCUGCGCUCUAGGCUCGGCAGGGACAUCUACUCCUUCCGCGGGGUGCGCUUCGCCCAGCCGCCGCUAGGCGCGCUUCGCUUCCAGCCGCCCGUGGCGCCGCAGUCCUGGGACGGAGUGCGCAACGCCACCGAGGAUGGCCUGGCCUGCCCGCAGCCUGGCGUGUACCCAACCGUGCCCGCGUCGGAGGACUGCUUGUUCCUCAACGUCUACUCCACCAAGCUGCCGGACGGCGGGGACAACCCCAAGCGACCGGUGCUGGUGUUCUUCCACGCCGGCGGCUGGUACAGCAACACCGGCCGGAGCACCGUGUACGGCCCGCAGUACCUCGCGGACCAGGACAUCGUGCUGGUCACCACCAACUACCGGCUCGGCUCUCUCGGCUUCCUCAGCACGGGCGACGGCGUCAUGAAGGGCAACAACGGCAUGAAGGACCAGGUGAUGACGCUGCGCUGGGUGCAGCAGAACAUCGCGGCCUUCGGCGGCGACCCGGGCAGCGUGACCAUCGGCGGCUACAGCGUGGGCGGGGCCAGCGUGUGGAUGCACAUGUUCUCCCCCAUGACCACAGGGCUGUUCCACCGGGGUAUCUCGAUGAGCGGCUCCAUCAACACCUUCUGGAACGUGGACGGGGACCCCAUGCGGCUGGCGCGCAGACAGUCUGCGCUGCUGGGCUGCCCCAGCAACAGCUCCACGGGCAUCAGGGACUGCCUCCUGCAGAAGGGGGCCCAGGAGAUAGCCAGCACCUUCAGCGGCAUGCAGGAGUGGGGCUACGAUCCCGUGCUGGUGUGGACCCCGGUGAUCGAGCCGGACCUGGGCGACGGAGAGGAGCGCUACCUGGUGGACCACCCCCGCGACCUGCUGCUCUCUGGGAACUUCACCCAGGUGCCGUGGCUCACGGGCAUCACCACUGACGAGUUCGCCCCUGACGCUUUUGACGUUCUCUGGAACUCGACACUGACAGAGGAUAUGGACCGUAACUUCGACAGAGUGGCUCCGAUAUCGUACAUGUACGAGCGUGGCACGGAGAACUCCCGCCGCAUCAGCCAGGGACUGCGGCAGUUCUACCUCGGCGACCAGCCGCUGAGCAACGCCUCAGACACCGGCCUGGGUCAUCUUUAUGCAGAUGCCUUGAUUGGGUUUGGGGAAGAUCGUAACGCGAAACUGGUGUCAAGAAUGAGCACUGAGCCCGUCUACUUCUACAAGUUCUCCUACCAAGGUCGUUACAGUCACAGGUAUUAUCCUGGCACAACAAAACCAUACGGCGUGGUCCAUCACGACGACCUGAUAUACCUGUUCUACAUCUCCGUCCUGUUCCCGUACUUCACCAGCACAGACCCCGAGACUCUCACCGUGGAGCGGCUGACCACCUUGUGGGGCAACUUCGUCCGCACGGGGAACCCGACCCCGGGAGCCAGCAGCCUGCUGGGAAACGUGACGUGGCCCACCUUCAACGAGCGCAGCCUCAACUACCUGGACAUCGGCUCCCAACUGGUCGUGAAGCAAGGACUCUAUCAGGACCGCUUCAACACGUGGGACAGGCUGUUCCCCCUGCCGUCUAGUCACUAAGAAAAUAACUUUUCACAGCAACGCUUAGCUACGUUUCAAAUGACUCUGUGUGAACUCACUGGGUACGUACGCUAUUUCAAACUGAUGAGAUUCAUCUUUGAUUUAUCAGUAAUUAAAAAUUCUUUGAAAAAAUAUAUACUGUUUUAUUUAUUUAUUUUUCCUAAAUGGUAUUUGAUGAAGGUACCUAAGGUGCUGGCAAAGGUCAGGGAGGAGGGAGAAUCAAGCCAUGAUUGGCAGUUGCUAGCCUGCUAAGUGAGCUUUUGAAAUCUGAGGUAAAGGUAAGGAAGGAAAAGGCAAGAUUUUACAGCUCACAUUUUCCACAGAGGCUGAAGGCAAUAGGACUACCUAGAACAUAGUGGGCUUUAUUUUUACUCUGGUAUACCGAUUUGAAACUCAUACAUUUGUGUCAUACCAGGGGACAAUCGCUCCAAGCGCUAGCCUUCUCUAAUGCAAUUCAUACAUCAUGCUGUUCUGCUAUGAAACAAGAUGAUGCCAAGUCCUUAAAUUGUUUUGCACGUCAGUCAAUACACUACUUAAAAUUUUACGACUAUCGCUUGGUUGUUUUUGAGAUUUUUUUUUUUUUUUUGUGUUUCCAGUUUUUGUUAUUUCAUUUGGACUAAUGUUAAUUAUUAAAUAGAAUUUCUGAUGGAAUGUG